GGGAAGUCCCCGGGCGCGGGGUACAAGAGGCGGCGCGGCGCGAGCGCGCCACUGGCCGGCACCCGAGGCGGCGGCGCAGCGCUCCAGCCAUGUCGCGCGGCCUCCAGCUCCUGCUCCUGAGCUGCGCCUGCAGCCUGGCGCCCGCGACGCGGGAGGUGAAGGUGGCGUGUUCCGAGACUGUGGACCUGCCCUGCACCGCCCCCUGGGACCCGCAGGUCUCCUACGCGGUCUCCUGGGCCAAGCUCCCUCAGGGCAGUGAGGAGACACCGGACACGCUUCAGGAGGACCCGAACCAUGGUCAGAGGGGACAGAACGACUCUUCCGAGGCUCCCGUGGACAGUCCCUAUUCCCUGAAGAUCAAAAACACUGCCACAUGCAACUCGGGGACAUACAGGUGCACUCUGCAGGAGCUGGGAGGGCAGAGAAACGUCAGCGCCACCGUGAUUUUGAAAGUGACAGGAUGCCCUAAGGAGCCUAAGGAAGCAACCUUUCAUAAAUACAGAGCUGAGAUCGUCCUCCUCCUCUCUCUGGUCAUUUUCUAUUUGACACUCAUCAUCUUCACUUGCAAGUUUGCACGACUACAGAGUAUUUUUCCAGAUUUUUCUAAACCUGGCAUGGAACGAGCAUUUCUCCCAGUCACCUCCCCAAAUAAGCACGUGGGACCAGUGAUUCUUCACAAGACGGAAGUGGUGUGAGCAGGAUCUCUACUGUCUUUGCUCAUGUUGAGGACUCAGUGGCAUGCCAGAUGCCAGACCGGAGCAGAGCAGAAUGAGCCCCACGCUGGAGAUGGCAUCCUUGCUGUGAAGUCCUUCACCUGCCUGAAGACAUCUGAGAGUGGAUCCCACCCCACUUUCUGCUGGCAAAGUCUCGAAAACCAUUCCAUGAUCAUGUAGCAUGGGGCCAUCUCUACUUUUCCAUGGCUACCAUCUUGGUGUUUUAUGCAGCUAUCUGGUCAACCUCCUGGAUAUUUUUUCAGUCAUAUAAAAGCUAUGGUGAGAUGCAGUGGAAAAGGGUCUCGGGAAAAUUGAGUGCCCAAAGCUGGCCCUGUGACAGACUGCUGAGGACAGCUGUCCUCUUCCACAUCUGGGAAACAUCUCUUUGAAUUCGCUGUGUUCUGUUACAGCAGCCCACAUGUCUUACAUCUGGGAGAAAUCCACAGGCCAAGCUACGAAGCAGUGAGAAAUAUCUAGCAAAUAAUUUCCCAGUGUGAAGGCUCUGCUAUUACUAAGGAGGAUUAUGUGCACAUAGAAAUAAAAGGUGGAGGAAUUGUUCCCCAGCAGGGUCUUUUCAUCUUGGAAAGACAUCCAUAAAGAAGCAAUAAAGAGUGCCACAUUUAUUUUUAUAUCUAUAUAUAGUUGUCAAAGAAGAAUUUGUGUUUUUCUUCUUUUGAAAUCAAUAUCUUGUUAACUGAAUUGCUAACUGACCAGUAACCCGAAUGUGGAGAGAGAGAAGUCAGAGUAGGUGACCAUGGGACAGAUGUUCAGUGACCUGCUGGAGAUGCUGGACCAACCUGCCAUCUGCUUUCCAGCCUCCGUGAUCCCAGUACCCAGCCAUGUGGUCCUGGGCAAGUUCCUGAUGGAUUCUUCUUCCUCAGGCUGCUGCAUGGACUGACUAGAACAAUGUGUGCGAAAUGCUUCAAAAAAGCAUGAAGCUCUGCAUAGAUUCCACCCUCCCACUGGGUCAUUGUCCUUGCUCUGGCUGUGGGGUUCUGAGGGCGAGAGGAAGCCUUUAAGUUCUCACGUUUUCCAUCAUCCCAAACAGAGAAGGCUACAGAGAGGACAUUCCCAGAUCCUUCUGUAUGGAUUCCUCCUCUUGGGGAAGUAAGGAGACCAGUUCAGCGUCCUGUUUGUGCACCACCAGUCAAGGUGUGGACGUUGGGAGUUGCUGGCCCUGGCCAGAAGAAGUUCACAGAAUGUCCCAACAGUGUUUGGGCAUCUGUUGACUUUCUCUUAACAAACUCGGCCCCAUCCCUGCUUGCUUUCCAAAGACACGUUGUUCCUUUAGUAAUGUGUAUGUCACUCACACUAAUAUGGAAAGUGCCAAGGUGAUUUAGUAUUUGAAACUCUGUGUCGUCUCUUUCGUGUUAUUAAAGGUCUGCAUGUGAA